UCAACGUUGUGUUGUAAAUAUUAUACAGUAAUUCUGCCUAACGGAAUUGUCAGACGGUCCCUACGGGCAGGCUGAGUAGUUGAUGCUACAGCAGCAGCAGCAGCAGCAGCUCCUCAGUCCGUCGCUGUGGUCCGACAGAGCGGCCAGUCAUCAACAUCCUCUCAUCGUCCGCGGAGCUGUAACGCUAUGUGGCUCUGAACUGACGGUUCAACCGGAGGAGGCUGCGAUUGGGUCACAUCCGUGGACAUGAGGACGCCUGCUACCGCGACUUCUUCUUCUGAAAGGCGGACCGGGAGUCCUGACUGGCAACGAUUUUCACCGAGCAAAUGAGAAAGAGUCGUCAUGACCAUUUUCCUGCUGACCAGUCACUCCUUCACUGAGGGACCUCUGACCUUUUUGGUUUCUGGACGUAUCAAUGCAGGGAUGAGAUAAUAAAGUCAACCAGCCUGUGCAUGCUGCUACAACAACACCUGUGGCUCUUGUAAACCCACCCGACCCCCUAACUCCUCCCCAAACUAAGUUCAUUUCAACAGUCAAAACAUGACCACUCCGGCUCUCCUGCCGCUGUCGGGCCGCAGGAUACCCACUCUGUCGCCGGGUGCCUCCUCUUUCCCGCACCACAGGGCUACGUUGAGGCUCUCUGAGAAGUUCAUCCUCCUCCUCAUUCUCAGUGCCUUCAUCACCUUAUGCUUCGGGGCCUUCUUUUUCCUUCCGGACAAUUCCAAGCACAAGCGCUUUGACCUGGGCUUGGAAGAUGUGCUCAUUCCUCAUAUUGACUCGCCUAAAGAGGGGAAACACGCUUCUGGACAGGUGAUCAUACAUGGACAAGGAGGACAUGAUGAGCACAGACACCGGGAGGAGGAGGAGAGCCUGCGGGACAAGAUUCGGGCAGACCAUGAGCGAGCGCUGCAGGAGGCAAAGGAGAAGCUGAGAAAGUCACGUGAGGAGCUGCAGGCUGAGAUUCAGACAGAGAAGAAUAAAGUCAUGGAGGACCUGAAAAAGAAGGAUGCAGGGCCUAAACCCUUGCCACCAGUCCCCAUGCCCAAAGUGGUUGGUGUCAGUGAUGGUGAGCCACCAGAGCCUGACGUAAAAGAGAAACGCGACAAGAUCAGAGAGGUAAGAUGAUCUUUUACAUGUGAUUUGAUUAAAUUUGUACUAGGAA